CAUUGCAGACAGCAAUGGCAACCCAAGUACUUGUAAUUGGCAAUGGAGGAAGGGAACACACGCUGGCCUGGAAACUUGCACAGUCUCAUCAUGUCAAACAAGUGCUGGUGGCUCCGGGAAAUGCAGGCACUGCCUGUUCUGAAAAGAUCUCAAAUGCUGCCAUUUCGAUCACCGAUCACACUGCCCUUGCUCAAUUCUGCAAAACUGAGAAAAUUGAAUUUGUUGUUGUUGGACCAGAGGCACCUCUGGCUGCUGGAAUUGUUGGGAACCUAACAUCUGCAGGAGUGCGAUGCUUUGGCCCCACCACAGAAGCAGCUCAGUUAGAGUCCAGUAAAAAGUUUGCCAAAGAGUUUAUGGAUCGACAUGGAAUCCCAACUGCAAAAUGGAGAGCUUUCACCAAACCUGAAGAAGCCUGCAACUUUAUCAUGAGUGCUGACUUUCCUGCUCUGGUUGUAAAGGCCAGUGGUCUUGCUGCUGGGAAAGGGGUGAUUGUUGCAAAGAGCAAAGAAGAGGCCUGUAAAGCUGUACAGGAUAUCAUGCAAGACAAAGCUUUUGGAGCAGCUGGAGAAACAAUUGUCAUUGAAGAACUUCUUGAAGGAGAAGAAAUAUCUUGUCUGUGUUUCACUGAUGGAAGAACUGUUGCCCCUAUGCCUCCAGCACAGGACCAUAAGCGAUUACAGGAGGGAGAUCUUGGCCCCAACACAGGGGGCAUGGGAGCCUAUUGUCCAGCACCUCAGAUUUCUAAGGAUAUGUUACUAAAAAUUAAAAAUACCAUUCUUCAGCGCACAGUAGAUGGUAUGCAGCAGGAAGGUACUCCAUACACAGGUGUUUUGUAUGCUGGCAUAAUGCUGACCAAGGAUGGUCCAAAAGUCCUGGAGUUCAAUUGUCGUUUUGGUGACCCAGAGUGUCAAGUAAUCCUUCCACUUCUUAAAAGUGACCUUUAUGAAGUGAUCCAGUCCACCUUAGAUGGCUUACUCUGCACAGCUAUGCCCAUUUGGCUGGAAAACUGCACUGCUAUCACUGUUGUCAUGGCAAGUAAAGGUUAUCCUGGAGACUACGCCAAAGGCGUAGAGAUCACAGGGUUUUCUGAAGCUCAAGCGUUAGGACUUGAGGUGUUCCAAGCCGGCACUGCCCUCAAAGACGGCAAAGUGGUGACUAACGGGGGAAGAGUCCUUACAGUAACAGCCAUCCAGAGAGAUCUCCUGUCAGCACUUAAAGAAGCUAAGAAAGGACUGGCUGCCAUAAAGUUCGAGGGAGCCGUUUAUAGGAAGGACAUUGGCUAUCGUGCCAUAGCCUUUCUCCACCAGUCCAGGAGCAUGACUUAUAAGGAAUCUGGAGUAGACAUUGAAGCUGGAAAUAUGCUGGUCAAGAAAAUUAAGCCUUUAGCAAAAGCUACUUCCAGGCCAGGCUGUGACGUUGAUCUUGGAGGAUUUGCUGGUCUUUUUGACUUGAAAGCAGCUGGUUUCAAAGAUCCUCUUCUGGCCUCUGGAACAGACGGUGUUGGAACUAAGCUGAAGAUCGCACAGCAGUGUAAUAAACAUGAUACCGUUGGUCAAGAUCUGGUAGCCAUGUGUGUAAACGAUAUUCUGGCACAAGGAGCAGAACCCCUCUUCUUCCUUGACUACUUUUCCUGUGGAAAGCUCAACCUCAAUACGACAGAAGCUGUUAUCGCUGGUAUCGCUAAAGCUUGUGGAAAAGCUGGAUGUGCUCUCCUUGGAGGUGAAACAGCUGAAAUGCCUAACAUGUAUCCUCCUGGUGAAUAUGACCUAGCUGGUUUUGCUGUUGGUGCCAUGGAACGGGACCAGAAACUUCCACACUUGGACAGAGUCACUGAAGGGGAUAUGGUUAUUGGAAUAGCUUCCUCUGGUCUUCAUAGCAAUGGAUUUAGUCUUGUGAGGAAAAUUGUGGAGAAAUCUUCCCUCCAGUACUCCUCUCCAGCACCUGAUGGUUGUGGUGACCAGACUUUAGGACAAUUACUUCUAACGCCAACCAGAAUCUACAGUCAGACACUGUUACCUGUUCUGCGUUCAGGACAUGUCAAGGCCUUUGCCCAUAUUACUGGAGGAGGGUUGCUAGAAAAUAUUCCCAGAGUCCUCCCUCCAAAACUUGGGGUGGAUUUAGAUGCACGUACCUGGAGGAUCCCCAGAGUUUUCUCAUGGUUGCAACAGGAAGGGCAUCUCUCUGAAGAAGAGAUGGCCAAAACAUUUAACUGUGGCAUCGGGGCUGCCCUUGUGGUACCCAAAGAUCUGACGGAGCAGGUUCUGAGGGAUAUUGAGCAACACAAAGAAGAGGCCUGGGUGAUUGGCAGUGUGGUUACAUGUCCUGCAGAUUCCCCUCGUGUGAAAGUCAAUCAUCUGAUUGAAAGCAUGCAAAGAAAUGCGUCAGUGUUGGAGAAUGGCUCCAUGGAAAAUCAUUUCUGUGUUCAGCCAAGAAGGGCAAGAGUAGCUGUCUUAAUAUCUGGAACAGGAUCAAACCUCCAAGCACUCAUCGAUGGUACUCGGAAACCAAACAGCUCUGCACACAUUGUUGUUGUUAUCUCCAACAAAGCGGCAGUGACUGGGUUAGAUAAAGCAGAGCAUGCGGGUAUUCCCUCCAGAGUAAUAAAUCAUAAGUUAUAUAAAAGUCGUGUCGAGUUUGACAAUGCAGUUGACCAAGUCCUUGAAGAGUUCUCCAUAGACAUAGUCUGUCUUGCAGGAUUCAUGAGAAUUUUAUCUGGCCCUUUUGUCAGAAAAUGGAAUGGGAAAAUGCUCAACAUCCAUCCAUCCUUGCUCCCUUCUUUCAAGGGUUCAAAUGCCCAUGAGCAAGUCCUGGAAUCUGGUGUCACAAUCACUGGCUGCACUGUACACUAUGUAGCUGAAGAUAUAGAUGCUGGACAAAUUAUUUUACAAGAAGCUGUUCCAGUGAAGAGAGGUGACACUGUUGCAACUCUAUCUGAAAGAGUAAAAGUAGCAGAACAUAGAAUAUUCCCUGAAGCCCUCCAGCUGGUGGCCAGUGGAACAGUACAGCUUGGAGAAAAUGGCAAGAUCUGUUGGGUCAAAGAGGAAUGACACCUCUUAAUUAUUCAGAAAUGGAACCAGUUU